GGAAGUUUGUGUUUGUUGCCAGUUUGAGGAGGAAGUACUGCUGUAAUUUGAUUGCGGAGCCCGGGAUCGGUGAGCUUUGUCCUGUGUGAUCGCCCAGGGCCCCACGGAGUGUGUUUCGGGCCAGACACCCCAUCAGGGGCGGAACUAGACGGGCCGGGCAGCCAAGCAGGGCUUCAGGAUGUUCUCUGGGCUGCCAGAGCUCGGUGUGGCCAACGGGGAGGAUCUGAAGGAGACUCUGACCAGCUGUACCGAGCCCCUGAAGGCCAUAGAGCAGUUCCAGAUUGAGAAUGGAGUGCUGCUUCCGUCCCUCCAGUCCGCGCUGCCCUUUCUGGACCUUCACAGCAUCCCCAGGCUGGAGUUUCAUCAGAGUGUCUUCGAUGAGCUUCGGGAGAAGCUGCUGGAGAGAAUUUCUGUCAUUGCAUCCGAAGGGAAAGAUGAAGAAAGGUACAGCAAACUGGAAGAGCUUUUAGAGAAAUGCUUUACCUUGGUAAAGAUGCCAUCCAUACAGCCGGUCGUCAUGUGUGUAAUGAAACAUCUGCCAAAGGUGCCUGAAAAGAAGCUGAAAUUGGUGAUGGCGGAUAAAGAUUUGUACAAGGCCUGCGCGGUGGAAGUGAAGAGGCAAAUUUGGCAAGAUAACCAGGCCCUGUUCGGAGACGAGGUGUCCCCCUUGCUGAAACAAUACAUCCUGGAGAAGGAGAAUGUUCUGCUCAGCAACGAUCUCUCUGUCCUUCACAACUUUUUCAGUCUUUCUCCCAAAGGGAGGCGUCAGGGUGAGGUGGUACAGAAACUGACCCAAAUGAUUGGGAAGAAUGUCAAGCUGUAUGACAUGGUCCUGCAGUUCCUACGGACACUCUUUCUGAGAACGCGCAAUGUGCAUUACUGCACCCUGCGGGCCGAGCUGCUGAUGUCCCUCCAUGACCUGGACAUUAGUGAGAUCUGCUCCGUGGACCCCUGUCACAAGUUCACCUGGUGUCUGGACGCCUGUAUCCGCGAGAAGUUCGUCGAUGCCAAAAGGGCGCGUGAGCUGCAGGGCUUUUUGGACGGAGUGAAAAAGGGGCAGGAGCAAGUGCUUGGAGACCUGUCCAUGAUCCUUUGCGAUCCGUUUGCUAUCAAUACUUUGGCUCUGAGUACCAUCCGAAAUCUGCAGGAACUCAUCAGCCAGGAGUCGUUACCCAGAGACAGCCCAGAACUUCUCCUGCUCCUUCGGAUGCUUUCUCUUGGACACGGAGCUUGGGAUAUGAUAGACAGCCAGGUCUUCCGGGAACCCAAGCUGGAUCCCGAACUUAUCACCAAAUUCCUGCCUCUGCUGAUGUCGCUGGUGGUGGACGACUACACGUUCAGCGUAGAACACAAGUUACCGACAGAGGACAAGGCGCCGGUCACCUAUCCGAACACGCUGCCAGAACCCUUCACAAAAUUCAUCCAGGAGAACCGAAUCGCUUGUGAAGUAGGACUAUACUACAUACUACACAUCACCAAGCAGAGGAACAAGAACUCCUUGCUCCGAGUGCUCCCGGCUCUGAAGGAGACGUACGGUGACACGUCGCUCACAGACAUUUUCCUGCAUCUCUUCACCAGUAACCUCACUCUGCUUUCCGAGGAAUUCGGCUCUGAAGAAUUUUGUACCGGCGUUUUUGACGGCUUCUUUCUGACGGCAAUCGCAAAGAAGGAAAAUGUACACCGGCACGUCCUGCGGCUACUACUUCACCUGCACCACAAGGUGGCGCCAGCCAAGCUGGAGUCACUACAUAAAGCCUUGGAGCCUACCAAAACGAGUGGAGACCCCGUGAAGGAACUACACACUCAGUUAAGUGAGAAGUUGCAGCAGAAAAAACCAAGCCCCCCACCUCCAGACCCGGAGACCCCGAGCAUGGAUCUCUCCUUGCACAGCGUGUCCACAACGCCCAUUAUUUAACACGGUCUUGAAUUAGGUCUCUUUUCGUUGUAUGGCUAGCCGUUCUCUUGCCACAUUGACUAGCCCUGUUUCUAAUGGGAAGACUGUCACCUAGUGGCCAUGGGAGCCUUCACCCCUUCAUGCCUGUACCAACUUCAGACUCUGGACCACUUCACUCAGAAAGGGGGGCAUCCUUGGAUGCGAAAAGCAUGUAGUUUCCUCUCCCAUCCCAAACCCUGCUUAGUUUUAAAUACAGUCAUUUGUAGACAUAUUUUGAAUUUUAUUUUUUACAUUUCUCAAAUAAAAAUCUGUUUGGUUAAUAGUA